AUGGAGGACGACUGUGGCCGGCCCUGGAACGAUCCACAUCCAUUUGGCAGACCACUGAGGCCUAAGACAAAAGUGCUGGAGCAGCAGGGGCCCGCGGUUGAUCGGCUGCAGGUUGAAGCCACCGAGAGGCAAGUUCCCUGGAGGGACGAUUACAAUGAGGCAAGGCCCUGCGAGGUGGCGGUCAUCUCCGGCUGCGGCAUGUGCGGGCUGGUCAGGGCGCUACCGGGCAACACAGCCCAGGGCCUUCGCUCAAGCUUUCGUCGAGCUGUCCGCGCCGUCACAGCAUGUCAUGGUGUGCUACGCCGCCUGCCACCGCGCCGCCGCCGCCAUCCCCCGGCGAACAGCGGCAUUGGCGAUUCUGUCGCCACUGCUGAAGCCGCUGCCGCCCCACCCAGCUUCACGCUUAACGAUGAGCUAGCCGACCGGUACCGCACCGCGCCCUCCAGCCCCCGAGCCUGGUCCAGUAUCGGACAUGGCGUCUUCGCGGCGCCUUUUCACGGCACCGCCUGGCGUUCUUCCGCUAGCCAUGUGGGCACGUCCCCAUAUGUCUGUCCAACAGCAGGGGAGGCAACGCCGCUGCCGGCGCAAAUGCAGUACGGCGGCGGGCAUAAAGUAGAGCUCCACUUGGCGAACCCUGAAUUGUGCCUGCAUGCCGGGUUAACUGACAACUGUCAACGCUACAGCUACAGGGGGGGGGAGGUCAGUCCGACGGGGGCGGGAGAAGGGGGCCAGUGUCUCAUUGUGCCUCCAGUAUGA